AUGGCCGAGUCGAAGAAACAGGAGCCGCCCAGCAGCAUCAUACUACACCUCCAGAAUGUCCUCAAGGCUCUUACCAACGAGCAAUACCCAGACCUUGCUUCUCCAUCAGAAACGAAACGACGCGCCUCCGUAGCCUUCAUCCUACGCGUCAAGCCUAGCUACGCGCAUUGGCCCGAGUCCUCGACCCAGAAAUCUCCAGACCUCGAUUCCUACUUCGAGCAAGAAUGGGUACAACACGGCGAGCCAGAAGUGCUUUUUAUCAAGCGUGCUUCAAGAAAAGGAGAUCGAUGGACAUCACACAUUGCUCUUCCGGGGGGAAAGCGAGAUCCCACAGACGCGGAUGAUAAAGCUGCAGCGAUAAGAGAGUCUUGGGAAGAAGUAGGCGUGGACUUGAAUGAGUAUGCGGUGGAGUGUGGGAAUCUGCCGCAAAGGCUCGUGACGACGCAUUGGGGCAAGAAGCCAUUGCUGGUCUUGUGCCCGUAUGUCUUCAUGCUGACGCAGCACGAGAUACCACCGUUGAAGCUGCAGCCGAGCGAAGUCGCUGCGAUACAUUGGGUGCCAUUGAGGAGUUUGGCGAGCCCCAUACAUCGAACAAUCGCUUUUGAAGACGUUUCCAGUAGACUUGCGAACCAAGAGACGGGCGUGAAGAAGUGGAUGCUCAGCAUGAUCCUGGGCAAGAUGAUGUUUGCGGCUAUCAAUUUGGAGCCUACCGAGUCUUUGCACAGUGCCGAGUCACCAGUCGAACAACCGUUACAAGAUAAUCGCUACGCCAGACUUACAACAGUUGAUACUUUGAAGGAUCUUGGAUCUCGUGUCUGGCGCUCUGAUAUCUUCAACCAGUUCCCAGCUCCUCGCAAAGAUGGCCCAUUACUCCUUUGGGGCCUGACCCUUGGUGUGGUCUCCGACUUCCUCGACCUUCUACCUCCCCACAAUGCCCUCGAGCUAUGGACAUAUCCAACCUUCACUCCUCUAGACGUGCGCUUCACCAUCUGGCUCGCAACGUACCGCUUCAAGAACCGCAAGCGAGCAGAACUACAAUCCGGCGCCGAGUUCCGCGAUAUCAAGCCUUCCUUCGGCGGCGUGACUGAAUCCGGCGUUGGUGAAUCGACUGUCAUUGUGCCGCGCCCCUCGAACGGCGACGAGCGAGCAGACGAGACCGGACUGCAUGGCCUCGGAACUGGAUCUGGCGUGACUGGCAUAAAUCAUGGCAACAAGGCGGCGGUAGCGACGAUGCUUGAAGGGUUGGUUCAGCCCCUUGUCCGACUUUGCUUACCUGAGAUCUCUAACAGGGGCAGAUAUUACGAUAUUGUCCGGAGAGCUGUGGCGCUUGCCUUGGUUGGCAGGGUGAGUGCGGUUGUCGUUGCUGCUGUCAUUUUGUACAGACGAUAUUGGAAGCGGUGA